AAGAACAACAGAGACCUAACGCUAUUUAAAAUCCCUCAUCUCCGAAUUGAAAAAGUGGAGUUUAGGGUUUUUCAGCAGCCGGCAUUUUCCUCUUCGCCUCACUCCUCACAGUAGCUUCGCUGCAGUCCAGAGUCCUCUUCUCUCAGCCGCCAUGGGGAAAACACGUGGAAUGGGAGCUGCUCGUAAGCUCAAGACCCACCGCAGGAAUCAGAGGUGGGCGGACAAGUCGUACAAGAAGUCCCACCUUGGAAAUGAAUGGAAAAAGCCAUUCUCUGGUUCAUCUCAUGCCAAAGGCAUUGUCCUAGAAAAGAUCGGUAUUGAGGCUAAGCAGCCUAACUCCGCUAUUAGAAAGUGCGCUCGUGUUCAGCUGAUAAAAAAUGGGAAGAAGAUUGCUGCUUUUGUACCCAACGAUGGUUGCUUGAACUACAUCGAGGAAAAUGAUGAGGUGUUGAUUGCUGGAUUCGGACGGAAGGGCCACGCUGUGGGAGAUAUUCCCGGAGUCAGGUUCAAGGUUGUGAAGGUAUCCGGUGUCUCUCUCCUGGCCCUCUUCAAGGAGAAAAAGGAAAAGCCAAGGUCGUAAGCUUGUCAAGGAAGCUCAUCUAUGCCUAAGUCUCUGUCAUUGUAGCGUAGUUUUUCGUUUAGAUCAUAGUUGUAACAACUUAUCAGUUUCUAAGCAGUUCCUGUUAUUCGAAUCAGGAAGCAUCCGCGCGAAACAGAAUUUUGGAAAUGGAGGUCUAUCAAAAUUUAAUUUCGGAUUUA